AACAGCAGCAGAGAUGGCGUGACAUGCUGGGAGAGCGUAAUGCCAGUAAGCCUGGAGCUGCCUUUCAGAACAAUCGCACAACUGACAGCACUGGCUCGCGUUCCUCCUGGUCAUCUUCUUCCCCCGCUGUUUGCAGCCACAGAACAGAGCAUGAGAGGCGGCUGAAUGAGGGAAGGCAAGAGAGCAACAGCAAAACAAAAAGGAUGGAAACAUAUAAGAAAAAGAGCAAAGAAAAGGCAUCAGAAUGGAAAAAGGAAUAGGAACUGAACGGAGAUAAAAGCCCGGCCAACCCAUCCUCAUCUGAUUAACACAAUACAACUACGAGGACGGUGAAAAGGACCUGGGGCUGCAGCUAACGGUCACCUCUCUUCUUCCUUUGGUUACAGGCAGCUGUAGCACGGCAGUAUUAGCAACGAGCCUCGGGGGGACAAUGCAUCAAGACAGAUGGAAAGAUUGCAACACUCAAGCUCUUUACGCACGCUCAGCUGAUGUAGCGGGAAAGCGAGGACAAGAUGACUGCCUGAACACUUCAUUAUCCUAUGAUGAGUAGAGCGAUAAAAAACAAUCCUUUAAAGCUGCAACAACAGGAUAAUUCAUGUGCUCUGGAGGAAAUGAAGGAGGAUAUUAAUCAUCAAGCCUGCAUUGCAUAUCUGUAAUUCUCCAAGAGAUUCAAAAAGGACCAGAACCCACAAUAGAAAAACCAGUUUCUUAUUGUAGCUUGCAGGAUGUGAAGGGUGUGUCUAUUUAAAGGAAACACAUUUCUGUUUCUCUGUUUCUACUCAGGCAGACAAGAAAGAUAAAACUCCUCAGUCCUCACAAACCCCUCUCUCUUGUUGCAAUCCUUCAAUAGAGAACUGCUUGGUUUAGGGAACAUUAGUAAACAUGACAAGUGAAAGCUCAAUGAACAUCAGGCUGCUGCUGCUGCACAUGUAGGAACCAAUUAUUUGGUGAAAUGAGCAACAUGAUCUAAGGAACUCAUUCUGUGGAUUUUAGGUGUCUGAACAACAAGACAUUUUUCCAUAUCAGACACCAGUAGAAGGCUUUGGCUUGAAUGUUCUUUGGAUCUUAUGAGAACUAUAUGAGAACAUCUAGAAAAGCCUCCAGAGCAAAGGUCAUCCCUUGGCACCGGUCUAUAUGUCAACAACAUAAGGCAGAGUGAAUGACCUCAACAGAAACUAUUCACUUCUGCAGUCGUAUAAAACAGCAGAACUAUGCAGUGGAGACGGCGUCACUGCUGUACGCACACAGCUACACUCCUGUAUCUCCUCUCACUGCUGGGUUUCCUUGCAUUUUUGGUCCACCAAGUGUGGCUCCCCAAGCUCUCUGGUAUCUCGUGGUGGAGGGGCUACCCUGUGGUGUAUGGCGAUACGGUACUUCAUGCCGCUAACACCAAAUGGAACACUAGCGCCGUGCAUUCAGUGUGGAGGUUUGCAAAUGUUCCUCAGCCAUCUUUUACUGCAGAUGCUAACAUUAGCUCAUCUGAGAAGCACAGCAAUUCUUUUCAUCCACAGGACAUGAGCUUUAAGAACAAUUUGACUGCCAACACCAGCCAGAGCCAAGAGAGAGCUCUUAAUGCCACUCUAACCCACGGACCGUCCCCCUACAUCAUCAACGAGCCUGAUAAAUGUGCAGAGAACCAGCUAGCCCCGUUUCUAGUGUUGCUAAUUGCCACUGAAGCUCGACAGGUUGAAGCAAGGAAUGCCAUUCGGCAGACUUGGGGGAAUGAAACCGUUUUCCCUUCUCUGGUAUUCAUCAGACUAUUUCUGCUGGGGAAAAAAGAGGGAGAACUGGGACUCCUUCAGCAGAAGAUGCUGGAGGCAGAGAGCCGGAGGCAUCAUGAUAUCAUUCAGCAAGACUUCCUGGAUUCUUAUAAAAACCUGACGAUAAAGACUCUGAUGGGAAUGAACUGGGUGGCAAUACACUGUCCGAAGGCAAGCUAUGUCAUGAAAACUGACAGCGACAUGUUUGUCAACACCGAGUACCUCAUUUACAAGUUGCUCCGGCCAGAUCUGAAGCCCAAGAAGAACUACUUCACAGGUAACAACAUGAGAGGCUUUGCGCCCAACCGAAAUCAAAACAGCAAGUGGUACAUGCCCCCCGAGCUUUACCCAGGUGACAAGUAUCCCACCUUCUGCUCUGGGACGGGUUACGUCUUUUCUGGCGACCUGGCCACGAAAAUCUAUAGGACCUCCCUGAGUAUCCGCCACCUGCACUUGGAGGACGUGUACGUGGGAAUCUGCCUAGCCAAGCUCCAAAUAGAGCCCACACCUCCUUCCAACGGGUUCCUGUUCAACCACUGGCGGGUGUCGUACUCCAGCUGCAAGUACAGCCACCUGAUAACAUCACAUGGGUUCCACCCAAAUGAACUGCUCAAAUACUGGCAUCACCUUCAGAGCAACAAACACAACGCCUGCAUCAACACAUAAAAGAAAGAACGGGCAGAGUACACAGCACCAGGAUGAACAGAGACAAGCAGGCUCAUUUACUCAAACACUGACAAUUUCAUCUAAACCCUCCUGUUCAACACAACAGGGGAUUUAUAUAUGUGGACAAACAAAAUGUGUAAAAACUGAUGAAAUGCUGUGAAAUUAUUGCAAAUAUUCAACUAAUAUGUCAACUGUUACUAGACUGAGUCCCUUUGCAAAAUGCCCAUGUACACGGUUCUGUGUUAUUAAAAAUGCUGAAUGAA